AUGUGGGGUUUUCCAUUUUGCCUAAAAUAUCCUUCUGGAUGCCCUUUUUCUCAAUCUGACACCAACCUUAGCGAGAUUCUAACAAAUAUCCAAAUCACAGCCUUAGCUUUAAGAAAUCCCAAAUUUUCUGAUAUUUUAUCUCAAGAAUUUAAAGAUCUGUUAUAUAAAAACAAUCCAGAAUUUUCAAAGGAUUGUUUUGCGUUUGGGACGUAUUCAGCUCAGAAUAGCUUAACGUUUGAAAUGCAUGCUCAUGCGUAUGUAAGUUCUCCUCCGGCUGAAUUAUUAACUUUCAUGUGAGAUACAUUGUAUAUCGCUGAUUUUUAUGAUAGAAGUGUAGCUGAAAUUGAUGAUUACUCAAAAAGUGUGAUUAAUAAUCAAAUGAGUAUUAUUGCUAAUUCGCUGACAAAUAAAAUGGUAUUCGGUUCGAGAGAAAUUAGCUUCGCUAAUUUUCUCUCCCUCAUGGAAUUUUAUUUAUAGGGUUAGGUUUUCACUCGAGAACUUCUGGACAGCAAUAGCGGUUUAACUCUGGGGGGAUAACCAGAGGAACUGCUCCUCAGUCCUCUCAAGAUUUCGGGCUUUUACCUCUCAGCACAUCCCCACGGGAGGAUGACCCUUAGGCGGAACACGCGCAGGAGCUGAGUCGAGCGACAAGGGCGACGGCAUCGCGCCGGGUGAGACGUGCAGCAAGGCUGGUGAAGCAGGAGUUGAUAGAAAGCUUGGCCAGGGCUGACCUGUUCCAAGAUGGCUCGCCUACGUCACUAGUUUUGCCAUAGGCCCUUUUGGGCUGCGGCACUAGACACCUUAAAUACCAGAUAAUUAAGUAAGUAAGUAUUAUUGCUAAUUCGCUGACUGGAUUUAUUUUAUGUACAUUUGUAGCUUAUAUUGGAUUUUAUUUGCCUUUUUUCAAAUAUGAAAAAAAAUAUUUGCAAAAAAUAAAUUCGAUUCUUAAAAUCAUACCUAAUAAAUAA